CGGUUUCAUGCACGAUAGAAUUUAUGUUAAAAUCCAAGCUACCACUUUAAAUAUGCUGUGUUCUCUCUUUCAUAUUUCUUCCACAAUAUAAAUAUUAGAUUCUGUAAUUUCUCAGCUACCAAACGGGUCUUUAAGUUUUCCAAAUUUCGAAGUCAAACCCAAAUUACGAGAGGGAUAACAUCCCCUCCACCUCAUAUUCUCUACUCUUUCUGGUCGCUAAAAUGGCUACUAAUGCUCACCUUCUAAAUCACGUUCAGAUCAAAGAAAGGCCGGCACAGUUACACAAUGAAGGGAAUUCCCAACUUUCUGAGCUUUUAAUUACAACAAUCAGUGAGGAUCAUGAGGAAACAUGCUGGGGCUGUGGAUUACGCCUUCUUCUGUCAUCUAAUGCACCUAUUUUCAAGUGUGGCUGGUGUGGGGCCAUAACAAAGCAGAACCCACGGAAACGUGAAAGCAAGUGCUCUUGGUGGAGACGCUUGCGAGACCGGUGCUUUGUUUGUAUCCUUCUUGUGUUUAUGCUAUUUGUGAUAUGUGGUGGGCUGUGGGCCAUAUACCCCGUUAUCUUUUCUAUUAGCUCUUUCUGUGGGAUAUUCCACUCCAUUGUAACAAUGAUCUUGUCCAUAGCUACCAUAUCUUCGUUCAGCCUUGCGGCAUUUCAAUGUGCUGGCAUGCCUCCAAACAUACAGUGGGGUAGCUACCCAGUUGUGCAAAAGGGUGAACUUGAGAACUAUACCUUCUGUCACUAUUGCUCAAAACCAAAGUCACCUAGGACUCAUCAUUGCCGUUCGUGUGGAAUCUGCAUAUUGGAUAUGGAUCAUCACUGCCCAUUUAUUGGGAACUGUGUUGGCGCUGCAAAUCACCGGUAUUUCAUUCUCUUCCUCAUUUCAGCUGUCACUAGUACAAUCUAUGUGUCAAUCAUGUCUGCAUAUGCAGGGCUGCGCAUAUGGCCUUCAUUAACAUAUAGUUUGGGCCAUUUCAGUGGGUUUAACAUGGAUUUGGCCUUGAGAGCUAUGAUGGAAAUUUUUUCUGCUUUUCUAAGGUCUACAGUGCUACUAUCCGCAAGAGGGCUUGUUCUUGUAUAUCUUUUUGUUUGUAGUGUUUCAGUGCAGAUAGGGUUGAGCGUUCUUCUGUGGCAGCAGCUUUGUUUUAUAUAUGAAGGGAAAACAUAUUUAAGUCACCUGAGUACACGGGGAAAUGAAGAAAUUAUUGGGAGAAAAGAUUGCCAAAAUCUAUUUCGUUUUUUUGAAUGCCCAUAUUCUAUAUCAAGAUAUUUGCCAAAUUUUGUGAGAUCCCGGAAGAGACACGAGCCGAAAGGGAGCUAGCCGUAUAUGUAUUUAUGGUGAUCUGCUUCUUGCAGUGACUGCUUUUGUUUGUAUAAUUGAGUUUUUUGGGCAUGUGAAUUCACCCGUGAAACGAACUGCAGCCACAACCCACUUGUUUGGAUGAAGACAUUUGUAGCCAUCUUUCCAUGAGGUUAGUCAUUCAUGUAAUGCUAGCAAACUGUUUGUACGUCGGAGUCCGCCCCUGUUGUUGUUCAUUACACAGCUACAUAAAUGUUUGUCGAUUGAAUUAUAACAAGGAUAAAUGCAUUCAGAAGAGGAAA